AUGCAUGCAUGGUGCCUACCUUCCUUCCAUAGUAGUAACAGUACUGCCAUCCUACCACAUCCAUUCUUUCUUAUAUUCUUCUGUCAUCCCUCCCUUUUCCUAUCUUCCUCUCCCCUUUCCUCUCUUUGUGUGUGCUUUGUCAUCGUCAUCAGAAGCAGCAGUACCAGCAGCAGCAGCAGCAGCAGCAGCAGUGAAUGCUGCAGCAGAACGCAAGGCGAGGAAAUAGACGCAUACCAACAGGAAGGAGCCUCAGAAGAGUUCUCCAUAGGUGGACUCCGCACCGAAGCUGUGGGUGCAGCAGCAGAAUCAACACAGGGAGUUGAUCGAGGCUCGCUCACACAUUCUCCCUCCGCGUCCCUGCCACGUGUCGCUCUCCUAUUAGAUAGCAGCCGCUCCCGCUUACCUGCUGACGUGGCAGCACAUAUGGCGGCAGCAGUGGCAGCAGUAGAAGCAGAAGUGCAAGAAGCUCUCUGGGAGGUGCAGGAGCAGGGCGAGGGACGGUGGAUGGGGCAUGGGCAGGGGAAAGGAAGAUGGAAGGGAGAGGAGGAAGCAGAGGAAGGAAAGGAUAGUGAGGAAGGAAAGGAGAGUGAGGAAGGAAAGGAGAGUGGGGAAGUAGGGGACGGACGUUGGCCCCCCCCACCUCCGCCCUCCCCUCCCCCUGCUGCCUGGUACCGCAUGUUUGAAGCGGGGAAGCCUGUAAAGAGGAUAGUGGUGGCGUAUAAUGGGCGGAACGCGAAGGUGGAAGGGAAUAGCGUGAAGCUAACGUUUCAGCAGGGGACAGGAGUAAGGGGGAGACCUCUGCUUUUCCUGUCCACUCCUACCGCCUCUGCUCCUCCUCCUUCUCAACUCCACCCUUCUGCCCAUUCUUACUCCUACCUACCCCACCGCCCGACCGCGUCCCCCUUCACCAUCCCAACCCCUCCCUCCAUCUCUCCAGGCUCCCUAUGGCAGUCAGCAGCGCCCUUCUCAUCGGGUGUCUUCCACACUGCACUCUCCUGCCCCUCAGGGAAUACCUCUGGCCUGCUCGUGUCCUUUGGGGUAGUGCGGUCUGCUGCGGUAAAGUGUGGUGCAGAUGGUCUCCAUACUACCCCCUCUUCUUUCCCUCACAGGCUGUCCAACACCGGCAGCACGGGCCCAGCAGCAGGAGUGACAUUCGACAUGCUGUCCAACACCGGCAGCACGGGCCCAGCAGCAGGAGUGACGUUCGACAUGGUGGGCAGCAACAAGCAAUUGCUGCUCGCCACACUGCACCGCAGCGGCAAGGCCUUUCCGACACAAGUGCCCCUCCCUUCGCCCUGUGACUCUGUUCCUGCCCGCCUCUCCCUCUACUGGGACGCCCAUUAUGUCUCCUGGUACGUGAACCGCCAGUUGGUGCGCUACUUACCGCGGUCCUCCUCGCCUCUGCGCUUCCCCGCUGUGCCCCUGAUUCUCUUCGGCACCAUCAAGGCUGCUGCACUCACCAACCUGGGGGCCUGGGCAGGCAAGAUGAACGGUGACCCCCUUCCCAAGACCGCCAUGUGGACAGGCAUCGCCUCUAUCACAGCGCUAAUGGCGCGGUUAGGCGCCCCUCCCCCGCCGACUGCCCUGCCUGUUGUAAAAUGGCCUGCAGCGCUGGGUCCCGUGGUGGGGCCUCUGGCCGUAGACUACUGCAGCGAGCACUGCUUGGGCUGCGAGGGGGGCACAGGUGGUGCUCAACUGCCACAAAACCCACCACACUGCACCCCAUCCAACCCCUCUCCCCCUGUGCGUGCAGGUAUCGCCUCUAUCACGCCUCUCAUGGCGCGGCUGGGUGCCCCUCCCCCGCCGACUGCCCUGCCUGUGGUGAAAUGGCCUGCAGCUCUGGGUCCAGUGGUGGGGCCUCUGGCUGUGGACUACUGCAGCGAGCACUGCUUGGGCUGCGAGGGGGGCACUAGCGGCAUGGCGACUAUUCGAUUCGACAACAAGUGCGGCUCGCGCUUCUGGUCACCGCAGCCCUUUGCGUUUGGCUUCUUCUCAGUUGACUUCACGUGCCCCUCCGGCCUCACCAGCUCGCGCUUCCGGUCACCGCAGCCCUUUGCGUUUGGCUUCUUCUCAGUCGACUUCAAGUGCCCCUCCGGCCUCACCAGUGGCCUCGUCUCCAGCUUCUAUCUAUCGACGCAGGAGGGCAGCAGGAGGCAGGACGAGAUCGACUUUGAGUGGCUGGGCAAGAGCAACGCGCACGUGCAGACCAACUACUAUGUGGCCGGCACGGGCCACCACGAGGGCUGGCACACCCUCGGCUUUGACUGCUCCAAGGCGUUCCACAACUAUGCCAUUCUCUGGACCGCUGCCCGCAUCGUGUGA